AUGAAGUUUCCAUUUGUGACAGCAGCUGCAGUUUUUGCCUUUGCGGCAGGAGCAACUGCAGUGCCUCUCGCCGGGCUAGUUGAAAAGAGUGUCUCUAGCACCUCUGACAAUAACUGCUCGCGUGAAUGCAUGACUACCAUCGUUGACCAAAUCCUGGCGUCUAUGCUGCUGCAUAAUCCGGAAAUCCUGCCGCUUGCACAGACCUAUUAUGCAACUGAGAACUCUCACCCUGCAGCCCUGGGUAUGAUGACUCUAUGGAGGACCGUUACAAGCGCAGGUUCGCCCAGUUUGCUCGCAAUUGAUACUACAUCCGGCUCUGCGUACUUUGCUCUCGAUAUCAGCGAGGGCAGCGAUACCAAGCAAUCCGUCCUAUGGGCCCGGAUCAAAGUCGUCAACAAGGAAAUCACGGAGCUAGAGCUAUAUGUGAACCGCUCCCGUGGUGACCACGGUUUCUCUUUCUCGGCCGCGGAGCUACCCGAGAACUAUGAGCGCUGGAUGUCGCCCCCGUCCGAUCGACAGAAUGCGACUCGAGAAGUCUUAGAAAGUCUUAGCGCAGCGACUUUCAACCCGAACAGCACUCUAUCGGUCACUGUCGCUGACGACUGCCAGUUCACCGAAGAGGGCUGGAGCGUUAUCGACCCUGGCCCGGAUGGAGACGGUUCAACUACUCCUCUUGGAUGUAGCUGGCCCGAUUCUCGUCCUGCCGAUACAAAUGCACGACUCAACCUCGUUAUCGACGAGCAGAAUGGUAUCGUCGUAACCGGAGCUAUAAUCCCUGGCAAGGUUUACCCCUACGGAAAGAUUUCUGCAUUUAUUCCAAACGAUAUGACAGAGGCACAAGAACAACAGGAUGAAUGGCUGGCGAAGAAAAAGGCUUCUAGUGAUAUGUCGCUCUUGGCUCCUACCGCGGCAACUGGAGAAACACUUCAAGUUCUUCAGUACUACAACGGCAAGCUGCAGGGCCAGCAGGUCAUGCUCUACUUGAGCGGUCCCGAUAUGAAAUCGGCCUGGUCUGCUUAG